AUGAUCGAACCGACACAUCAGGCAUUUCAGGAUAUUCAAAAACUUGACAAUUUUUUAACAAAAUGCAAUCUCCUAUUUGAAGAUCCCUAUGUAGAGGAACAUCCGUCACAUAGUGAUGCUAUUGUUGCUAGAAGGAGUAUUUCUUACGUUGACGAAUUCUUUAGACAAAGAGGUUUUAUAAAUGUACAGUCCAAAUGGUUACGUGAAAUUACCAACGUUGCUGAAGGAGAAGAUUGGAGUAGGGUAUCAAGAUACAUCAAAGAUGCUAAUAAUGAAUUUAUGGGAUUCAAUCGAGUGUAUUCCGAUAUCAUGCGGCAAGUUGAAAAGGAAGCUUCUUAUUCAAAACUGACCAAUCAGCAAAACGUAAAACAAGAAAAUCAACUUGACACUAGGUUAGGCAAGAUUGACGAAGCACCGUCAAGGUUGACCGACGAGACAAGAUAUAUGUCGCCACAAAUGGUACAGUAUGUAAAUACAACACAUAAUGACAGAAACAACUAUAACAAUGAGACACAGACAAGACAACAGGAGACUCCAGAUGUGUAUGCCUCACAUUCCCAUAGAAAUAAUCAUGAUGCAGGAAAACAACAAGGUGUUAUGGAUGAAGAACUCAGAUCACAACUGCGUCUCGCUUUAGAUAAAUUGGAAGAUACAAACAUAGAGGAAACCAUUUUGCCGGACCCAGAAGUAAUUGCAUCUGAAAGGCUGGAACAACAAGAAGAAUUUAAACGGCGUGGCGAACAAGCAAGCAAAGCUCUUCAUGACAACAACCCAAACAUCACGGAUCUCAGUGAUAUAAAUAGACCAAGUAAGAUAGCAGAAAGAUUCAGCAAUUUAUAUGACGAUCUUUGGACUGAUGCAUGCGAGGAGCUUACUAAAUUCUACAGACAAGAACAUCAUACAGAAAAAAGAUGCAUUCUUGAUUUGGCUACUAUACUUAAGGCAACAUUUGAAUAUUCGUCUAAACACGUGGAUACACAACUAGAGAGAAUUGCACAUCAAACAAGAGAAAUGAUGCUAGAUCCCUGUAGUGAUAGACAGCAGGAGACAGAUUCAAACGAUCCAUUUCGACAUGACAAGACACUUGGACAGUAUGCAUUGAUCUGUAUAAAGGAUACCGCUGAUCUAAGUGUUCCUGCUCUACAAAAGAAUUUCAUGGUCCACGCCUUUCCAAGUAGUAAAGUUACAGCAAAUAUAACAAAAUUAUCAUCAGUGAAAAAAUACACAGAAAGAUGCAUAGAAUUAACAUGGCUUAUGAAUGUUCAAGACCCAUCAAUGGUACUGUUAUGGCCAGAUAUGGUUUCACAGGAAAAUUUAACAGACAUUUUCCGAUACUACACUGCAACAGGAACAGUCCUUGAUCAUGAAGUUUGGCCAGCACUUCUGUUGUACAAAGAUGGUCCUAUGGUGGUUAAAGGCGUAGCAAAAUUUAGGAAUUAA